ACGGGAACUCCCUGUUGUCUUUUAAAUUAGACAUUUGAAUUGUAAUUAGAGUUGCUAGUUGCAGAAAAGGACAGACAUUUGGGAACUGAGCACUCGUGGUGAACAGUGAACAGAGGGACUGGGCUGUGGGGGUCUCUCCCCAGGGUCCUUUUCCCCGCAGGUGGCUGCUGUGCAGUUCAGCAUCUUCUUCAUACACCUGCUGUUGGACAGAGACGGUGGGGUGCUGGCUCCCUGCUCCGGUGCCACAGGCCCCUCAGCCUCUGGAGGGUGUCAGCCCCACAACUCUUUAGGAGAGCUCUCGGACCCCCUGCCAUCCGGCAGUUUGGGUGUGACGGACACCUGCUAGGUCCUGCUGUCCCCAGAACCUGCCUCCGCUGCCAGCCCCUGCUUGGCACCCCCAUUUCCUUCUUUCUCGGAGACCCCAGAGGAUCAGGUCAUGGCAGCCACCAGGCUCCUGCCACCAGCUGCGGCACCCCAGGCCAAGGUGACCUUCGAGGACGUGGCCGUGUUCCUCUCCCAGGAGGAGUGGGACCACCUGGGCCCCGCGCAGCGCGGCCUCUACCGACACGUGAUGAUGGAGACCUACGGCAACGUGGUCUCCGUGGGAAUUCCAGGGUCCAAGCCCGAGGUGAUCUCCCAGCUGGAGCGAGGAGAGGAGCCCUGGGUCCUGGACAGGAAGGGCGCUGAGGAGCGCAGAGGCCUGGGCAGCGGCUGCUCAGACGGCCUCAAGUGUGACCACAUGACAACUAGUGUGCGACAAGACAGCUCCUCCUGUCCUUGGGGGUCUGAGGACAAGGGGCAGAACCCAAACACAGACUUGAAUCUGAGGCCGCUCACUUCCGAGGACACAUCGGCGAUGCUGGGUUCGACGCCUGCAGAGUGGACGGCUCGGGGCACUCGCCAGCCUGAGCGGAGCCUCCGUCUGAGCCCCAGCUGUGUGGACCCCCCCGACGGCCGGGCCUCGAGCCAGAGCGGGCCUCUCACUCGGCUGCCGGCCGUCCCUGGUGGGGAGAGGCCCUACAAGUGCAUCGAGUGUGGCAAGUGCUUUGGCCGGAGCUCCCACCUCCUCCAGCACCAGAGGACCCACACCGGGGAGAAGCCCUACGUGUGCGGCGUGUGCGGCAAGGCCUUCAGCCAGAGCUCCGUGCUCAGCAAGCACCGGCGGAUCCACACAGGCGAGAAGCCCUACGAGUGUAAUGAGUGUGGCAAGGCCUUUCGAGUGAGUUCAGAUCUCGCGCAGCAUCACAAGAUCCACACGGGGGAGAAGCCGCACGAGUGUCUCGAGUGCCGGAAAGCCUUCACGCAGCUCUCGCAUCUCAUUCAGCACCAGCGCAUCCACACCGGGGAGAGGCCGUACGUGUGCCCGCUGUGCGGGAAGGCCUUCAACCACAGCACGGUCCUGCGCAGCCACCAGCGGGUGCACACCGGCGAGAAGCCGCACGAGUGCGAGGAGUGCGGCCGGGCCUUCAGCGUGAAGAGGACGCUGCUCCAGCACCAGCGGGUGCACACCGGCGAGAAGCCCUACACCUGCAGCGAGUGCGGCCGCGCCUUCAGCGACCGCUCUGUCCUCAUCCAGCACCACAACGUGCACACCGGGGAGAAGCCCUACGAGUGCGGCGAGUGCGGCAAGGCCUUCAGCCACCGCUCCACCCUCAUGAACCACGAGCGCAUCCACACCGAGGAGAAGCCCUACGGCUGCUACGCGUGCGGGAAGGCCUUCGUGCAGCACUCCCACCUGACCCAGCACCAGCGGGUCCACACCGGGGAGAAGCCCUACGUGUGUGGCGAGUGCGGCCACGCCUUCAGCGCCCGCCGGUCCCUGGUCCAGCACCAGCGGAUCCACACGGGCGAGAGGCCCUUCCGCUGCGCACAGUGCAGCAAGACCUUCAGCCUGAAGGCCACGCUGAUCGUGCACCUGAGGACCCACACGGGCGAGAGGCCCUACGAGUGCAGCCGCUGCGGGAAGGCCUUCAGCCAGUACUCCGUGCUCGUGCAGCACCAGCGCAUCCACACGGGCGAGAGGCCCUACGAGUGUGGGGAGUGUGGCCGCGCCUUCAACCAGCACGGGCACCUGAUCCAGCACCAGAAGGUGCACAGGAAGCUGUGAGCUGGGCCGCCUGGAAGCCACACAGACCCGGGAAGCCUCAGUCCUGGGGCAGCAUCUGUUCACUGGGGGACACCCUUUGCUGAUUCAGUGUCCCCAAAAGACGCCAGAGAAGCACUGCAUGAAAUGUCUCUGCAAGAACUUCAGAGGAUGCCUAGUCUGUUUCUGUUUCGUUUUUUUUUUUUGGCUGUGCCCACACAUGCAGAAGUUCCCGGGCCAGGGUUCAAACCCGAGUCACAGCAGCGACAGCGCUGGAUCCUUAACUGACAGGCCACCAGGGAACUCCAAGGAUCCCUCAUUUGUCUCCCAGUGAGUCGAAGUUGUAGUGCGGAUUCACCACAUGGCUGUUGUGAGCUUAACUCUUAUUUCACGUUAGUUUACCGGACAUGAGAAACUCCAGAAAGUUAGGGUGUAACUAGACUUCCUUUCACCCCAGAUGUAUCUUCUUGGAACAUGGUAGGCCUUUCCUAAUACAACGACUAUUGGGCUAGCCUCAGUAUCCUGUUAAACCUGAAGUGCUGUGUGGGCAAACGGCUUUGAAGAAAUUGUCACCAGGUGUCGUGUAACAUGGCUGGAAAUCCUAAUGGUGAAACCACUUGUUUUGUGUGAAGGGAGGGCCUAGAGAUUAACUAGAGAAAGUGAUGUAAACUUAGAAACCCCUUUUUCUGGUCACGUAACUUUACUCAAGGUCGGGGGGCUGCAGCCAGCGGGGCAGAGUAGGGCUUGGAACUCGCUCCUCCCACAGAUACACGUGCGGGGGGAGGGCGAGUGGGUUUGGGAGGAACGCGUGCACACGACCAUGUACACACCGGAUAACCACCUAGUUCCCGCUGCGCAGCACAGGGAGCCCUGCCCAGGAUUCUGCAAUAACCUGAAAGGGAAGGUCCGAAAAAGAACGCAUGUUUGUGUGUGUAGAACCGAUUCGCUCUGCGGAGCACCCGGAACUCACACACCCUGUAAAUCAAUCAAGUACACGCCAGGAUACAAUAAAAGUUGCACUGAGAAAGGAAUACACCUACAAUGGAACAGAGCUCCCAGAACACCUGCUGAACUCCAGCAGAAGACCCCUGACACCUGAGCAGGCAAGCAAGAUCCCCAGGUAAGAAAAAAAGGUUCUGGUUGUGUGUGGACUGUCUACGUUUCAGCGACUCCCAUCAUUCCGUCUUAUCUCAAAUCAUCGUCCUAGUCCCCUGUGUUGAGUAAACCAGACGUCAAGUUUUUUUUCAAUUUUUAAAAAUUUACUUAUUAUAGUUGA